AGGCUUAGGUUUACGUGCUACCCGCAGAGUGGCCUUUUGUCAUACCACUGUCUAAGACAUCGUCCCCAAAGUGCUCCACCUAGUACCUAGGACAUCGUAAGAUAUUCUAAUUUAAGUGCUCAGGUAAUGAAUAGGAAAAUACCAAGGACUUUGGUUUAACGACAUUGGCGCUUACCGAAACCUAUCUACGCCAACAUUGCACAACGUAAGCUUUUUCGAAGAUCGUACAAGGUCCAAGGAUGAGACCAAGCUUGAAAUACUAAAAAAGCAGUUGUGUUUCCGAUAGGAGGUUUUAAACUUCCCCCAGUCCCCUUCAAGAAACGAAUUCCCCCCUACUUCUUCUCUCAUCGGAAUAUAUAUAGUUCGAAAUCAAUAAGUCCCUAUACAGCACUUUUACUAUACCUCAGCGCUAUUCCAAUGUCUUCCCCAUCAGAGCAGACGCUAAUUGGGUCAAGUAUCAACGAUUCUGAACCCAGUGACCGAUGCUCACAACAAAUUCCUGUAUCACUGCCGCUGUUAGAGCGGCCUCUUUCCACCCGCAUCUACCGUCCGCACGAUGAGUGGCUAGAAAACGAUAGCUUGCAAGAAUUCGACACCACCGAUAAACCCUCGUGGUUGUGGGCACUCGGAGUCUGGAAAUACCGACUUUUUGCCUCGCUUCUGUCUUCAGCAGGCGUCAUUGGCCUAGCUAUAAUAGCCGCAACUUUCUCCGAACGCCCUUUAUCAGACUUUUGGUAUUGUAUGCAGGGCCUUACUGUCAGUGUAGAUUCAGGUCAACAUAAACAGACAGUAGCACUUGCCGAAGAAGUCUCAUCAGCGAGGGUUUGGACAGACCCAUCAAAAAAAGGAGGUGCAUUCAGCGACGUCCCAGGUUUCAAUAUAAUGGGGCGUAAUUUUUCCGCGGCCACUCUAAGCUAUCCAUCGUUGAGGUUACAACAGGGAGAUAAUCUACUGAAUGUCACUAUGCUUUCAGUGAUAGACUCAAUUUCAGCAAGAGAAAUUACCUCCGAAUUGAUGUACGAGAAUGGAGCACCGAUAUCCGAGGUACUUGUUGGCAUUAGUGAACCUCCCUUCUUCCAGGCCUGGAAGUACACAAUUGAUGAUCGCCCCGCGUGGUGCAACCGAAUUGCUAAGAGCCCUGCGAAUGCGAUACGUCUACCAAACCAGCCCGGACGUGCGUCUAUACCGGAAAUGUCUGGAUACAUGAUAUUUAUAUUAGAAUAUCUUGGCCUUGGAUCGCUUAUCCCAUUACGAUACUUCUAGCCAGCUUA